AUGGGAAAUUUCUGUCCUUCAUUAGACCAUAUGUGGUCAGCAGGGACUAGAUCUGCAUGCAUCAAUGCUGCAACUUUGGCCUUAGCAGAUGCGGGUAUCCCAGUGCGUGACCUUGUUACUGCUUGUAGUGAUGGAUACCUGAAUAGCACUCCUCUUCUUGAUUUAAACUAUGUUGAAGACAGUGCAGGAGAUCCUGACGUCACAGUUGGAAUUCUACCCAAGUUGGACAAAGUGACACUUCUACAGGAGCUCGUUGCUGUUUUAUUUCUCCACAUGAGUUUUAACGUACUGAGUGGUAAUUUAGUAUCGAUGGAUCUUACAAGAGCACCAAAAUGA